AUGCAUUUGCCCGUUUCAUUACCGCUGCUUUGCGGCUCUUUGCUGCCGUUUGUUACUGGAGGUCUUGCUCUACCAAAGACCUCUCGUGCUGACAAGCACUAUGCCAUCAUGGACAAUGAUUGGUAUACUGCGGGCUUCGUGCCUUACCUAGUCGCCCUCGACGGAGGUGUUGAGGUGCUGGGUCUGGCCUCGGACACUGCAAAUACAUGGCAGCCACAAGUUGCUCUACAUGCCGUGGCAACAUUGGAAGCUGGCAACCUGAGCUGUAUCCCAGUUUAUCCCGGGGCGACUUGGCCACUCAUCAACACACCUGAGCGCUUCCAAGCCUGGGAGACUGUUCACGGAAAGCUGCCUUGGGAGGGUGCCUUUGCCCCGGAGAACAAGACCCUUGAGGCUGAGGGCAACGAUCCUACCUCCGGUAACCCCAACCGCAUUGUGAAGGCGGCCUUCAAGGAAGGUUUCCCCAAGGGCAAGCCAAACAACUCUACCUCUGCUGCGAACUUCAUGGUCGAGAUGGUGCACAAGUACCCCGGCCAGGUCUCCAUCUACUCUGCUGGUGCUCUGACCAACGUCGCUCUGGCUGUUCGCAUGGAUCCCCAAUUCGCCUCCCUUGCUAGGGAUCUUAUCAUUAUGGGCGGAUACGUCGAUCUCAACAUGCUUCAGGCCACUGGCAGCAUUCUGCUCGCUGAUCUUCAGUCCGACAUCAACUUGAUGAUUGACCCUGAAGCCUCCAAGAUCGCCCUGACUGCUGACUUCCCCAACAUCACUAUUGCUGGUAACGUUGCCAAUCAGGUUUUCCCAAGUCAGGAGUUUGCCGAUGAGGUUCUCUCUGUCUCCAACCCUUACAGCAAGCUUUUCCAUGACUACUAUGAUCUCUCCUUCCCUUUCUGGGAUGAGACUGCUGCUGCUCUGAUGGUUGACCCUUCCCUUGCUACCAACCAGACUUCAGUUUACCUUGAUGUCGACACCUCUUAUGGCAGCCCCAACUACGGCAACGUCCACGUUUACCAAAAGGCUCUUGCCCCUUGUGGUAUUCGCCCAGUCAACUUUGUCUUCCAGGUUGACGCGGACAAACUGAAGCAGCGUAUUAAGCACGCUCUGCAGUACCCCAAGUCUUGCGCUGAUCUUCAAUAG